AGGGGGAGGGAGUGUGCCGCACUGAUCUCUGUUUGCAGCAUCCCUGGAGCAGCCUCUGUUGUGUGAAAUACAAGAAAGGGGUAGACGGGGGGAGUAGAUCCUUGGAGGCCAUCGGAAAACGGGAAGGGGAUCUGUUGGAGUCUGCUGGGAUAGGGUUACGCUGUGUGUGUGGAGUCCAUCUUCAGAGAAAAAGGGCUGUUUCUUCAAUGUAAACAGCCUGUGCAAUACCUGCAUUGCUAAGGGGAGAACUGGAGGAGGAGGGGCAGACAGAGAAGGAAAUGUUGCCUCCAAUGAAAUUUUCCCUCUUCUAGUUACUGCCCCAGCCUGCCACAGCUCACCUCUGAACUCAUACAUGUUAUGUGUUAAGUUUGGUUUUCCAUUUUUAUUUUAGGUCAUGGCAAAGGCACCGUCACUGCUCCAGGAGACCCCAGACCAGAGGGAAGGUGUCUACGUCGACCAUGAGAUACAAUAGAGACUGAGCCACACGACGACGUCCACUCAGAUUCAGAACAGAUCCUCCGGUUGGAACAGUUACACCUGACCAUGGCUGUAACUGCAGCUAAAGCAACUACAAGUCUUCUCUCCACAACUGCCACGACCACUUCCAUCCCCUUCCUCUCAACAACUGCCAGAGAAAAUAUCACCUCCAGGACGACGUUAAUGACUGUUACUAUAACAACUAAUGAAACCAGCUUCAACGCCACCACGUUUCCUGAAGCAGUGAUCGAGGGCUCAGGAAUGGGAAUGGUGCUCGUACCCUUUGGGAUCAUCACUGUCAUUGGCUUAGCAGUGGCCAUUAUGCUGUACAUCCGGAAAAGAAAGCGGUUGGAGAAGCUGAGGCACCAGCUCAUGCCCAUGUACAACUUUGACCCAGCAGAGGAACAAGAUGACCUGCUGGAACAGGAGCUACUGGACCACGGCCGGGAAGGCAGCCUCUCGGGCCCCAAUGCCAAGUUUUGACAAUGGCAUAAUGGCAAACAUGACUCUCACAACAUCCCAGGGGACCACGCAGAGGCCCAGUCGUCUGGUCUUCACAGAUGUAGCCAAAGCUCUCAACGCCUAACUGUUCU